AUGACCCAAUGUUGGUCCGCUACCAUUGAUGCAGGCAGGGUUGACACAACUGGCAUCCCAACACAAGGGUUCCUCCACCCAGUCUUUGACAGUCAGCCCACCAUCAGUCGACCGAGGCCUAACUGCUCAAGAGCUGACAGGAGGGCUGCACAACCGGGGCACCUGCAGCGCCAAAUUCACACCAUACGGCGCAAGAACUGGACUCUACGGAUAAAUCCACCCUUGGUCACCACGGAGGCGUCACUGGAACACAUCUGGAUCAACUCUUACCCAACAAUGGACUACAUAGCACAAGGAUUUCACCCAUCAUUACAUAUCACCAAACCCAAUUACAACCCUCAAGCUACACAGACACCCUCACUAAAAAUACCUCAUGUAAUAGCCCAGCAAAAAGGGUCUUACAACCACUUUUUGAGUCUUACACCGGCAGACAAACCUGACAGCUGUCUAGCUGAGGCCAUCAUUUUCUUUCAGGAUCUGAUUGGUCAGGAUGACUGGUGUGCAACCGAAAUGCCAAUGUCAAAGCUGAAAUUUGCAAGUUAA